AUGGACGGAGAACCGUUCAUAGCAGACGUCAGGGUGAACGGCACAGACUUCGUGCCAUCUCUUGUCGACUAUGGCUGCCUCUGCUACGGCGCGGUUAGCAAGCGCACAUUUCACUCUCUCCAGUUGCCACAUAUACGCGUCCAGCCGCGCAUCUUGGAGAAUGCAGCGGGAGACGGCAAGGAGGUCAAAAUCGACAAGAUCACGUAUGUGUCGAUCGACCUCGAUGGACAUCAGCAGCAUCGUGUUUUCAUGUACGUCAUCGACGAUCUGAACUGGGAUAUGAUCCUGGGUAAACGAUGGAUGGAAGACCAGGAUGUUCACAUCCAUGCGAAGGAAGGAUAUCUCGAGAUCGGGUCCAAUGGAGUUCAAGUACGAGACCGACGACGUUACCAGCCUCCACAGCUAGAUGUCUCUAAUGUCAUGGCCGCAACCUUUUUAGCAGAAGCACGCCGUGACAAACGCAAAGGCGGCAUUGGAGUUCACUCGGUCACGAUGGCGGAUAUUGACAAGGCCCUAAGACCGAAACCGAAGACUGACGUAAUGGAGAAGCUGCCACCACAGUACCACAAGUGGUCUCGAGCUUUCUCUCAGCAACUGGCCGACCAGCUGCCCCCUCAUCGGCCAGCCCUACCCUGGGGACCGCUUUACAGCAUGUCCCGCGAGGAGCUAUUGGUACUACGGAAGACUCUCACAGAACUACUCGACAAGGGAUUUAUUAGAGUCAGCAGCUCGCCAGCCGCGGCACCAGUCCUUAUGGUGAAGAAGCCCGGCGGAGGCAUCCGCUUCUGCGUGGAUUACAGAGCCAAGGCAAGGUGGUUCACCAAGGUAGAUGUUAUAGCAGCGUUCCAUAAGAUCAGGGUCGCCCCCGGCGACGAGGAAAAGACAACUUUCAGAACGCGCUAUGGAUCCUUCGAAUGGCUGGUAGUUCCAUUCGGCCUGACAGGCGCACCAGCAGCCUUUCAGCGGUACAUUAACAGCGCGCUCCAGGAUUACCUAGACGAUUUUGUGUCAGCAUAUAUCGACGAUGUCCUGAUCUUCUCCUCUGGAAGCCUGCAAGACCACCGCGACAAGGUCGGCAAGGUCCUCCAACGACUGAUGGACGCCGGGCUGCAACUGGAUAUCAACAAGAGUGAAUUCGAAGUCAAGGCUGUGAAAUACCUUGGGUUUAUCAUCGAGGCGGAGUGUGGGAUCCGAGUCGACCCUGAGAAGGAUGUUUAUGCCAGAGUUCUCGGUGAUAGCGGAGCGCUAACGCGGCUAACGAAGAAGGACGUGCCAUUCCGUUGGGAUGAAUUGUGCGAAGAAGCCUUCGAGAAGCUCAAGGACUUGUUGAUCACGGCCCCGAUCCUUGCACACUUCCAUCCAGAAAGGAGACUAUCGUGGAAGCAGACGCUUCAGGAUUCGCCCGAAGCGAACUACGCUAUCCAUGACAAGGAGCUACUCGCCAUUCUCAGAUGUUUGGAGCAGUGGGAACCAGAGCUACGGGCAGUAGAGCACUUCAAGAUCCUAACGGACCACAAGAACCUGAGGUACUUCUACUCGGAAAGGAGGUUGACAGAGAGACAAGUGCGGUGGUCGGAGUUCCUGUCCAGGUUCCAAUUCGAGCUCGAAUGGAGGCCGGGCCGCAAGGGCGGAUUGCCUGACGCACUCUCUCGACGGGACCAGGAUAUGCCGGCCAACUACUCCGAUGAACGACUAAAGGGACGCAUUAUGAGGCUAUUCCAAAAUGAUCACCUUAGAAGGGUCCCAAUAUCGACAUUGUCUACCAACACCGAGGGUGCCCAGGAAAUCAACUUCGGAAAGAGAUCAGGAUAUUUGAAGAUGAGGAGUUACAGCAGCUGUGGCACGCCGCACGGCAAGAAGACAAGCUUUAUCAAGAACUCACGAAGCUGGUAG